GUGACGAUCAAAGAUGGCUGCGCCCGUGUGACCCCGGCGCGGGUGUUGACCUCUCUUAUUCCUCCUUGUCACCUGGGCCUUAUGGUGGCAGGCUGGGCACGAGGACCAUGCUGGGCCGGACCCUCCGAGAAGUUUCUACAGCACUGAAACAAGGCCACAUUACUCCAACAGAGCUCUGUCAAAAAUGUCUCUCCCUUAUCAAGAAGACCAAAUUUCUAAAUGCUUACAUUACUGUAUCAGAAGAGGUGGCCUUAAAGCAAGCUGAAGAAUCGGAGAAAAGAUACAAGAAAGGUCACUCACUUGGGGAUUUAGAUGGAAUUCCCGUUGCAGUAAAAGACAACUUUAGCACGUCCGGCAUUGAGACAACAUGUGCAUCAAACAUGCUGAAAGGUUAUGUACCACCUUACAAUGCUACAGUUGUUCAGAAAUUGUUGGAUAAGGGAGCUGUCCUGAUGGGAAAAACAAAUUUAGAUGAGUUUGCAAUGGGAUCUGGAAGCACAGAUGGUGUAUUUGGACCAGUUAAAAACCCCUGGAGUUACUCAAAACAAUAUAGAGGAAAGAGGAAGCAGAAGGCCCAUGGUGAGAAUGAGGAUUCAAAUUGGCUUAUAACUGGAGGAAGCUCAGGAGGGAGUGCGGCGGCUGUAGCAGCGUUCACAUGCUUUGCGGCUUUAGGAUCAGAUACAGGAGGAUCGACCAGAAAUCCAGCUGCCCACUGUGGGGUUGUUGGUUUCAAACCAAGCUAUGGCUUAGUUUCUCGUCAUGGCCUCAUUCCCCUGGUGAAUUCAAUGGAUGUGCCAGGAAUCUUAACCAGAUGUGUGGAUGAUGCAGCAAUUGUGUUAGGUAUGCUGGCUGGGCAUGACCCCAGAGAUUCUACCACAAUACAAGAUCCUGUUAAACCAUUUACACUUCCCACUUUGGCAGAUGUGAACAAACUAAACUAUGAGAAUUAUUUCAUUAAGGCACAGAAAGUGAGACGACUCAUUGCUAAUGAUUUUGUGAAUGUUUUUAACUCCGGAGUGGAUGUCUUGCUGACUCCCACCACCUUGAGUGAGGCGGUACCAUACCUGGAGUUCAUUAAAGAAGACAACAGGACACGAAGCGCCCAGGAUGAUAUUUUUACACAGGCUGUAAAUAUGGCAGGUAAGGAUCCCUUGGGAAUGUUCUGGAUUUCUUCAAAUAUUUAGACAGGCACCCUAGUCUUCAACUUAGGUUCCAGCUAGAUUGUUCCCUGAAGGCAACAGCUUGUCCUUCUGGAAUGCUUAGGAAUGUGU